UCACCGCAGUAGUUGGGCGCCGCGGUGUCGAGGCCACGAUUUAAACUCCCCCGCUUCACCAGCGAGACUCAGUCAGUUUCGAAAUAGCAUUCGGGCUGAACCUACGUUCCGACUCUUGUGAAAAAGUUUAUAUAGUUCACAACAUGGCUAACGUCAUGGAAGUGCAGACGGAGGACAACCUCCAAUACCAGUUUUUCCCAAUAUCCAGUGGGUCGAUUCAGUUCAAGGUGCGCGCGCCCAAAGAUGCCCACCUCGCACUCACGAUGGCGCCUCAACCAGGCAACCCAAUGAUUGAGGUCUUCAUUGGUGGAUGGGAAAACACAAAGAGCGUGAUCAGAAAGAACGGCGAAAAGCCCGAGAAAGCUGAAAUCGAAACUCCCCAAAUUCUGAGUUCGGGUGAAUUCCGCGGGUUCUGGGUGAGAUGGGACAGCGGUAUCAUUUCCGCGGGCCGCGAGGGCGAGGCCAUUCCCUUCAUCUCCUGGGCUGACCCUGAACCCUUCCCGAUCGCGUUCGUUGGCGUGUGCACCGGCUGGGGUGCCACUGGCACAUGGAAGAUCGAAGAUGGGGAAGAAUUCAAUACUCCGGACAAGUUAGAGUACAAAUUCGGACCCGCAGCUAGCGGUUAUCUUGAAUUCGAUUACCGCGGUCCGCAUAACUGCCACGUAUGUCUGACCAACGCACCAGGCGAAGUCGAGCCCAUGUAUGAAUUCAUCAUCGGCGGCUGGGAAAACACCCAGUCCGUUAUUAGGCACAACAGGCAGAGGCCGGACAAGGUUACGGUCAGCACAAAGGGAAUUAUGAAUCCGAAUGAGUAUAAGAAGUUUUUGAUCGAUUGGCGCUGCGGCAGACUGAUGUUGCGUGACCGCGACACUCGCGAGAUGAUCAUGGAGUGGGUGGACCCCAACCCCUUCCCAAUCUCUCAUUUCGGCGUGCGCACGGGCUACGGCGCGCGCGGCCAAUGGCGCAUCAAGCACUUCUACAAGACCGGCCAGCAGCCACUGCCACCAUCCGCCCCGGCGCCAGCGGCGUUGUUCGCGAACCCGGCAGGGUACCCGACUAGCACGCCGAUGUACCCUACGAGUACUCCGGUGAUGGGUGGCGGCGGCCGGGGAGUGUGGGUGGACGCGACAGGCGGGCAGGUGCCCCCCGGCGCUGUAGUUGGUGGUCAGGACACGUCGGGCGAGCCGCUGUAUGUGGUGCGCGCGCGGCACGAGGGCGCCCUGCUGCCCGGCAAGCUUGUACCCUCGCACGGGUGCGCCUACGUUCCUUGGGGCGGACAGGAGCACGGCAAGCCUGAAUAUCAGGUACUAGUCGGCGGACCCAACAACUGGGUGCCAACGUCGGGAUCUAACAUUCCCCCCAACGCGCUCCCGGGAGGAGAGUCCGAGGACGGGGAGCCUCUGAUGGUGGGUCGUGUGCGUCACGAGGGCAGCCUCACUACCGGCAAGGUCCAGCAGUCACAUGGAGUGUGCUACAUCUCCUUCGGCGGCCAAGAGCUUGGCUUCCCCGAAUAUGAAAUCCUCGUCGAGUAAAGGAACACAAACUUCAAAUCACGCGCGAAUUGAGCCUUCAUAUACCUAGUGCAUUUAUUGUAAGUGGCUCGCGUAUGAAGCCACAAUAAUCACGAUUCUGUUAAUUAUAAUGCACUGCAUAAUAUUCUAGUUGUAUGUAAUAAUAUGUUAUAUUUUAUUAAAUGUUUUUUU